CUCCAAUCUCUCAAGUCAAAGCUCAUAAUGUAUGCGGCUGACUGUGAAACACUGAUACUGCAAUGAGGUUUGUUCGGUACGGCCCAAUAAAGUAUAGAGUCGCUACAAUGCUCAACGUCGCGCGUCAAUGUACCGAGGCUAAACUCCGCAUUUCCGUGUAUCGAUAAGAUGACGAGCACGACAUCGCAGCUCCCAGCUCCUCUGUGUCAGUACUGUCAAUCGGCAGCAGAAAGACGAGGAUUCAGGUAGCCCUUCUCGAGCUACGGACCGAAAAUCUCGCUCGGAUCAGCAACAGUUGUCCCUCGCCAGGAUUGCGUCAUUACAGCCGUCCUCAUGUCCACGAACAUCCUCAUAGUAGGCGCCGGCGCAAUCGGCGCCUUCUACGCCUCACGCCUCGCCCUCGUCCCUGGCCUCUCCGUCUCCGUAGUCUGCCGCUCAAACUACAAAGCCGUCAAAGCAAACGGCUUCCAAAUAACCUCCCCGCAAUACGGCGACUACACCUUCACCCCCACCCACACCUUCGCCAACCCCGACGAAGCCCGCGCCUCCAACACCCCCUGGCACUACAUCGUCGUCGCCACCAAAGCCCUCCCCGACGUCUCCGACGACUCCACAAUCCUCGCCGGCCUCGUCACCCCCGCCACCGCAAUCGUCCUCAUCCAAAAUGGCCUCGGCGUCGAAGCCCCGUACGUGGCUCGCUUCCCAGACACCCCCAUCUGCAGCGCCGUGACAAUCGCAACCUGCGCGCAGCCAUCCCACGGCAAAAUCGUCCACAACCGCUGGACCCGCAUCACCAGCGGCCCGUACCUGCCGCACCUAGACACGGGCAGCGCGCGCCCCACUGACGCGGCCGCCACAUCCGCGAACACCGGGUUCAUCGAGGCGCUGCUAAAAGGCGGCAUCAAAGACGCGCUCGCCUACUCCCACGCCAAACUGCAGCUCACGCGCUGGCACAAGAUCGCGAUCAACGCGUCCAUGAACCCGUCGUCGGUGCUCGCAGGCAGCGUGCCCAACGCCGCCAUGGCGGCGGACCCGGAGCUCGCGCUGCACCUGGCCGGCGUCAUGCAGGAGAUUCUCGACACCGCGCCAAAGGUGCUGGGGCAGCCGAUGCCGGCCGAGUUUGCCACCCCGGCGGCGAUUCUGGCGAGUACACGCAAGAACACGAGUGGCAGCCGGCCGAGCAUGGCGGUGGAUUGGGAGCAGGGGAGAAGACUGGAGAUUGAAGUCAUUCUAGGGAAUCCGAUUAGGAUUGCGCGGGAGAGGGGGCUGGAGAUGCCGCGGUUGCAGACGCUGUAUGCGUUGGUCAGGAUGGCGCAGGAGGUGCGGGAGAAGGAGAAGGAGGCGAAGUUAUGAGCGGGCGGGCGAUCUGGUUCAUGUGUAUCACGGUUUGAGAUGGUGAGUUGGAAUAGGUAUAAG